UGUCCCCGCUGGACCCGCCUCUUUUCCCGCCGCCUUGCACCCAUGGCCCCGCCCCGCCAGAGUGGAGUGGGCGUGGCCGGGCGUAGCACUGCCUCCUCCGCCCUCACGGCCUGCGCAGGGGCGGAGCGAGCAGUGCGACCAGGCUGCUCGGUGAACCAAUGGGAGCAAGGCAGGGCGUGCCCUUCCACCAAUAGCGGGGCGGCAGGGGUGGUGCCACCCGCCUCCUCCAAUGGCCUGCGAGGAGAGGGUGGGUCCCGCCGUGAAUCUCCACUAAUCAGAUCGGGCGGGCGGAGCCUCCCGCGCCCAAUGGCAGAGCGAGGUCGGGAAUUCAAACUGACAGGUGGGAGCGUGGCCGUUGGCGGCGAACGGGACCGGCCGGGAUCGAACGGGAGCGACGUCGGGGUACAGCCCGGCCUGUUCCGACGGUGGCUGCCUGCCAUGUCCACCAGCAGCUGCACCUUCGAGGACCGGUCGGUGGCCGUGCUGUGCUGCCGCUUCUGCCAGCAGGUGCUGAGCUCCCGGGGCAUGAAGGCCGUGCUGCUGGCGGACACCGACACCGACCUCUACUCCACCGACAUCCCGCCCACGGGCACGGUGGAUUUCAUCGGCAGCUGCUAUUUCACCGAGAUCUGCAAAUGCAAGCUGAAGAACAUCGCCUGCUUAAAGUGUGGUAACAUCGUUGGCUACCAUGUGAUUUCCCCCUGCAAGCCUUGCCUGCUCUCCUGUAACAACGGCCACUUCUGGAUGUUCCACAGCCAGGCAGUCUUUGGCAUCAACAGGCUAGACCCUUCUGGUGUGAAUGUAUUGCUGUGGGGCAACUUGCCAGAUCUGGAGGAAAGCACAGAUGAAGAUGUGUCCUGCAUCUCUGAGGAGGAGUAUAUCAGAUAAACGUUAUCUACACCACCCUGCAGUAUCUGCCCAAGCUUCCUGGCAUUGCUCAUUGCCUUGGAUUUUCUUUUCCUGCUGGCCCAUCAGAGCUUAAAUACCACAAGAAACCUGGAGAACAGUCUUAAGAAGGGAAGGUAUCACCUUGGAUCUUUCCCUGCUGCCUUCCUUAGACUCUUGAAUCUGCCUGGUGUGUAUCUUCUGACUCAAGGCACACCUUGGUGUGGUGCAUUUCCUCAAGCCUGUGUCUGGUUUGGCUUUUCCAUGGAAGUCUCAAGAGUUGAUAAUCCUUCUUAACUGUAUUUCCCCCUCCCCUUCUUUCCUAAACCAUCACUCUCAGAGCAAGGUCUUUCAGCUGCUAGAAACACAGCUUAAAACUGUUAAGAAAGAGUCUGGUGGACAAAGGGUUAGAAGAGCUCUGCUGCUGUGGUCACACAGAGCACUGCCCAGAGCAUCUCCUCGGAGUAGGCAGUUGCUGAAUGGGCAGGAACAUCCCUACUAGCCCAGGUUGCUCCAAACCUCAUCCAAUCUGGCCUUGAACAUCUCCAGGGAGGGGGCAGCCCCAGAGUUGUCUGAUUAUUUUAGCCCUUUUAGGGGAGGAAUCUCUCCAGAUCAGAACUCAAACCUCCAGUUGAGUCAUUUUAAAGACAGGGAAAAAGAGAUCAGGUUAAGUAUUUGGUGUUGUAGGGGAGGGAUCUCUCCAGAUCAGAACUCAAACCUCCAGUUGAGUCAUUUUAAAGACAGGGGAAAAAGAGAUCAGGUUAAGUAUUUGGUGUUGUAGGGGAGGGAUCUCUCCAGAUCAGAACUCAUCCCUCCAGUUGAGUCUUGAUAAAGACAGGAAAAAGGAGAUCAAGUUAAAUGUUUGGUGUUGUAGGGGAGGAAUCUCUCCAGAUCAGAACUCAUCCCUCAGUUGAGUCAUUUUAAAGACAAGAAAAAGGAGAUCAGGUUAAAUAUUUGGUGUUGUGCAUAACCUCCCAUCCAGAGCUGUAGAGACAACCUGGUUGCUGUAAGAAGUAACGAAUUCAAAGCUCAUGAUCUGAGUUGUUGCAGCCAUAGCAUUUAACUCAUGAACUAAAUACUGUCCCCUUCAGCUACUCACCUGAAGGAACACCUUGAGGUGAGAAUCCAUCUCAAUUUGGGUUGAUGCUGAAUGGUUCUGUAGCCUUUUGGGGUACCUGGAAGAGGUGCAACAAGGGCAGAUCUGAUCUGCCUUAGGCUUUUUCCUGCAUGGUCUGUAUUUUAUAGUGGUACUACCUCUGCUGCACUGGUUCAAUGGAUCUUGUUAAAUGUGUGUCUGUGUCUUGUUUUGACUGCCUGUGUAAUGUCUGCUCCUGAAAUAAAAGGGUUGGACCACA